AUGGAAUACGAAAAACCGGGUCCUUCUCGCGUUAUUAAAGAAGAAAUGGUAGUUGAAAAUGAGUUGACUAACAAAUUUUUAAGUGGUCAAAUGUCUUUUGCUGAAUAUUCAAGUGAAUGGUACGAAGAUAUUGAAGAUGAAGAAGAUUCUAAAGAAGUGAGAAGAAAUGAUGAGGAAACUUUACAGUCAACACAGAUUAUCGAAAAAAAUAAUCAAAAGAAGCGAAGAGGAAUUCGUAUGUCGCCUGCCUUAGUGGGAUUAAUGGGCGAAGCUAAUAUAAGAUUUGCUAGAGGUGAUAUUGAAAUGGCAGAGCGUAUGUGUCACGAAAUUAUCAAACAGCUACCUACAGCAGCAGAACCUUACCAAACUUUAGCACAAAUUUAUGAACACGAUGUUGAAAAGUCUUUGCAAUUUUCACUGUUAGCAGCUCAUUUAGGUCGGUAUGAUGCUGAAGAAUGGUGGAGGCUGGCUGCAAUAUGUAAACAGUUAAAUGAUAUAAAACAGGAAAUGAUAUGCUACACACAAGCUGUCAAGGCAGAACCACAGAAUCUGCAAGCACAUAUGAAAAGACUUGAGAUUGUAACAACUUUAGAAGAGAUUAAUUAUCCAAUAAAUUCAUUAAAUGUCUCUAAGGUAAAGUGUUAUCAUAAAAUAGUUACUUCACUCCCUUCCAGUGAAGCUGAAACAAUAAUGAAGUAUGCAAAACUAGCAUCUUCAUUGUACCACAGUAGCUCUGAAAUAGAAAAAGCCGUAGAAGUUAUGGCUGCGGCAUAUAAAAAAUGUCCAUCAUUAUUUACGGUUGAAGACAUUAACAUUUAUCUAGAGUUACUAAUUUCUAACAAACAAUAUUUAAGUUGUAUAGAAGUAUUUGUCUCAAGUGUAGGUGUGGAAAUUGAAGCUGAAAUACAAACUGUAAAAAAUGAUAAUGGUGAAAUAGAAGAGCAAACAAAUUAUUUAAAUUGUACAAUACCUGAUAAUAUGGCAAUAGACUUAAAAAGUAAAUUAUUAGUAUGCUUCAUUCACUUGGGUGCUUUGACACUUGUGCAGACUUUAUUGAAAGAUUUCUUAAGUAAUGAUGUUGACAAAGCUGGAGAUUUGUUUAUGGAUAUAGAAGAAGCAUUUUCUUCUGUAGGUCACUAUGAAAUGGCUAUAAAGUUACUAGAGCCAUUAGUACAAAAUACUAACUUUGAUUUAGGAGCAGUCUGGCUAAAAUAUGCAGAUUGCUUGUAUAAAUUAGGUAGAGAAGAUGAUGCCAUAGAAUCUUAUUAUAAAGUACUGAAACAUGUGCCACAGCAACCAGAUGCUCGCAGAAAACUUUUUUCUAUACUUGAAAAAAGAGGUUGCAUUGAUGAAGCAUUAAAUAUUUUACAACAAGAUUAUAAAUAUGUUGUAAGUGCUAGCCUUUUGUAUGAACAGUGUCAAAUUCUUAAAAAAUAUAAUAAGACAUUAAAAUAUCUAGAAGUUGGAGAGGUCUUAUUUUCUAGAGACCUCACCAAAUUUAGGAAUGAAGAGGAGUUAAAAAUAGCAUGCAGAGUAAAGGGUGUUGUAGAACUUAUUUACAAUUUUCGCUCAAUGAGAGGGGAAAGUACAUAUAAUGAAGAUGACAUUCAAUUUGAAGAAGAGACAUUCAGAUUUACACCCAGUGAAGAGUUUGAAUUCUUUAAAGAAUUAUUACAUAUAGCAUGUGAACAUAAACUUUAUUGCACUAUGCAAAGAUUGACAUUUUAUGCUAUGAUAUCAAGAGGAUUAUCUAGUUAUCGGCCAACAGUUGAAUUUUAUUGUUUUCAAGCUUGCAUUUUGAAUCGAGAUUUUUCGAACGCUCUUAGAUUUAUAAAAGAAUUUGUUAUCAAGUAUCCUGGUCCCAGAACCUAUAUAUUGUUAAGUUACAUUGUUAAUUCUUUAGAUGAAAAUACUCAUGGAAAAUUUUUAUCUAGGCUUUUCCAAAAAGAUUAUAACAUUGUUAAACAUUUGUUUUUAGGAAAUAAUUUUUUGAUAUCUGGUAGAUAUCUUGUUGCUUUAAAAUAUUUUUUGGAGUAUCAUGAACAAUGUAGGGAACCCUUGUCAGCUUUGUUAAUAGCUGUUACUAUACUAGCCAUGGCUGCACAGAGAACAGUGGACAAACAUCAUAAUUUGAUACUACAGGGCAUAGCUUAUUUAUUUAGCUACAAAAAACUUAGAAAAUGUGACCAGGAAGCUUAUUAUAAUUUGGGUAGGGCAUUUCAGAUGUUAAGUAUAAAUAAUUUAGCUAUUGAGUACUAUGAAAAAGCACUUGCUUGUGACCCUUUAGCAACAUGUGAAAAACAUGGAGUUAUAGAUUUGACAAAGGAAACUGCAUAUAAUUUAUAUGUGUUAUAUAAGGACCAGUCACCAGAUAUAGCUAGAAGAUAUAUGCUCAAAUAUUUAGUUAUA